CAAAGAGCCCACGUGACACAAUCAUGGCCGCCUCCUGAGUACAACUCGAACAUGUCAUAAGGAUUCGCAUGGUUGUUCUGUGGCUGAUUGUUUCAUAAUUUAUGUUAAAAUGUUUAACGCAACCGUGCAAAGUAUAAGGAUAUCGACUCCUACAAUAACUCAAACAUGCAAAUCAAAGGAUUGUCUCAAUGCCCUUAAUAUCAGAGCUCAUGGGUAUCGCUGCUUGUCAACCAGCUCAUGCUUACAUGCUAAGGUUGUUCCGAGAAAAAAGCCUCGGGUGGUGCAUGAAAUUGCCGGACUGGAGCCGAUCACCUAUGCCGACAGGAUUCACUAUGUUCCCGGACUGGCAAAGCCGACGUUUCCUGAAUGGGAUCGUGGAUGGAAGGAGCCUCGCCAAUACAAGUCACCUAAACUAGAAGAUAUGCCACUGCACAAAGAUAAACCCUGUUAUAUAUUCAACCAGAGGACUAAUGUGCUGGAAGGUGUUCGACAGGCUCUUUGGCUCAGCAAGUCCGUCCUCAUCAAAGGGUUACCUGCUCAGAUCCUGAACCUGGCUCAAGAUCCAGCCAAUCAGAUUGAGAAUCAGGAUGACAGAGUCCAGAACGCCAUUAAAAACUCCAGACUGUGGGACACCACUGAACACCGACCACCCAGAGAAAGGUUCUGCCCUUCACUAGUGCACAGCCUGCUUCAUCUGUGUGACAGCCUGCAGGGGACUCAUCCAAAAUUAGCCAAGAGGAUUCUUGCUGAUAAAUACAGUUUAGCAGCCACAUGGAGAAGAGGGGAGGACAUGUUUCAGGUGAGGGGUCAGAAUGGGCUUCUAUUGAACAGUAUGACCCCUGUGCCAGUGGUGGCUGGAGACGAGCUAAUUCAGAGCACAGCAGACCAAGCUCUGGAGACCUUCUACCCUAUUUCUCCCACCAUUGAUCUUCAGUGCACACAUGUGUACCAGGAGAAAAAUGACACAGGUUUUAGAGCAGACUACCCUUUCCCUCAUGCACAUACUCUCUUCCUUAUGGAGAUGGGAAACGCCCCAAAACUCUAUCCAGAACAGCUCCGUGCUAAGAUGUUAAUGUUUGCUUUUGGGAACGCGCUGGCCAGAGCCCAAGCUCUGUAUGGGAAGAACCCCGGAAUCCUGGAGAAGCCCAUUGUGGUACAGAGUGUGGCCACUAACGGCCGUCUCUUCCAGUUUGUGGUGUUCCAGCUCAACACAACUGACCUGCAGUCUGACAGCGGAGUGAAGAAUCUAGCAUGGGUGGAUGAGGACCAGCCUCUUUAUGAGUUUGCCAAAGUGCGGCCUCUGAUCAAGAAGAAAGUUGUGCAGGUCCCUGCUGGUUUAUCAGGAUAUGAGCCUAACACCUUCAAGAAGUUCUUGGGAUUCUACCUGCACGGAGCAUCUUAAACGGCUCUGAGGCCAGACACAUUUAACAAAAAGUCAAGAUGUUUGUUUCCUUAUCCAUCUUCCAUAAAUAGAAAAUAAAUACAAAUUGUGAAUAUAAACUUUAA